AUGUCGCUCAUACGCUCUGGACAAACGCUCGACGAGUUCCUGUCCAGCUUCUGGACAAGCCACCUCCGCGAAAUCGAGAACGAAGACAGCGAUUUCAAGAAGCACGACUUGCCGCUGGCGAGGAUAAAGAAGGUGAUGAAGUCUGAUCCCUCGGUGAAAAUGAUUUCUGGUGAAGCUCCAAUACUCUUCUCCAAGGCUUGUGAGAUCUUCAUCUCAGAGCUCACUUGCAGAGCGUGGCUUGUCGCCGAAUCAAACAAGCGCAGAACUCUCCAGAGAUCUGACGUCGCUGGCGCCGUUGAGCUCUCUGAUCAGUUCGAUUUCCUUAUCGACAUACUACCACGCGGCGAAGAGGCCAACAAGAGGAGUAAAAGUAAGGCUGCAGAGGCGGAUGUGGAGCGGGAGCACGAAGAGCAAGAGCAGGAGCAGGAUCAGGAGCAAGAGCGAGACCAAGAACAGGAAUAUGAGCAAAAUCAGCCGCAACACCAGGAACACAAUCAAAAUGACGUCACUUUGAGCUACUCGGACCAUUCCAAUGAUCCAGCUCCUUCUGGCUACUUGCAAUACGAUACUGAUUUCCUACUCGACAUGAUAGGCAGCUCACCCAACAACGCCCAGCAAACAGAGCAGAGAUGA